CUCUAGGAUGAAACUGGGGGUCGAUCGGGCGAUUUCCAGUUCUUCCUCGUUCAUAUCGGCAUCGAUGCUGGCAAACAAAGGCGUCGACAGGUACCGCUCCCCCGUGUCGGGGAGCAUGCAAACGAUUGUCGACCCCUCUGCGGCGUUCUUGGCCGUUUCCAGGGCGGCGUACACGGUGGCCCCCCCAGAAAUUCCCGUAAGGAUUCCCUCCUCGCAGGCCAGCUUCUGGGCGGUGGCAACCGCAGCGCCAUCGGGAAUAGCCACGUAGUCAUCCAUGAGCUUGGUUUCCAGGUUGAGCCCCUGCUCCAACACCAAGGGGAUGAAAUCCGGCGUCCAACCCUGCACCGGGUGGGCCGCAAAGGCCGGGUGGGACCCGUCGGGAGAUCCAUCCGCCUUGCGCUCGGUGGGGAUCCCCGAGUCGACCAGGGCUGCCGCCGCGGGUUCGGCCAGGACAAUCUUGGUGUCCGGCGAGUUGGCCUUGAGGUACUUGCCUGUUCCGUGGAAGGUUCCACCGGUUCCGUACCCCGUAACCCAGUAGUCGAGUCCCUUGUCGAUGCACUUUAGGUCGUUGAGGAUCUCCGGCCCGGUAGUGGCCUCGUGGAACUUCCAGUUGGCCUCCGUCUCGAACUGGUGGCAGAGGAACCAGCCGUGCUUCUCCGCAAGCUCUGCGGCCUUCUCCACCAUGCCGGUUCCCUUUCCGGCCUUGGGGGUGACAAUGACCUUGGCGCCGAGCAUGCGCAUGAGCUUGCGGCGUUCCACGCUGAAGGGCUCCGCCAUGGUAAUCACGCACUUGUAGCCCCGCUGAGCGCACAUCAUGGCUACGGCGAUUCCCGUGUUCCCGGAGGUUGCCUCGAUGACCGUGUCCCCGGGCUUGAGCUUGCCUUCCUUCUCUGCCGUCUCGAUGAUGGAAAGAGCCAGACGGUCCUUGACGGAGGAAAGGGGGUUGGCGAAUUCGGCCUUGGCAUAGACGGUCACACCAGGGGUCCCGGUCAUGGCAUCGCUGAGCUUGACCAUGGGGGUGUUGCCCACCAUUUCGGAAAUGUUUUCGAGGGGGGCACCGUAGCCUUCUCCGCGGGCCUUGGCGGCGAGGGGUCCUCGUGUUCUCGCUGCGUCUGGGACGCCGAGAAAGGCGCUGGAGGUGGCGGCUUGGGCGAUGAGGAUUGCGGUUGCGUGGAAGAGCUUCAUUGUCGUUUCUGUUCUUUUGGCUGGGGUGGAUGGAAUGGGGUUUUUGCCAGACUGUGUCGGGGACGUCUACUUAAUGGUUUUGAGAACUUGAAGUGUUUUUUGGCUGCGCAAAAUACUUGCAAUAAAGAAUGAGAACCGCGGAGUUUGGGGGACUAGAACGGUAGCACGUUGACAAUUAGGAGCAUGCGAUGCUGCAGCGAUGAGUGUUCUCGGAUCUCGAAAGCUGCAAGGCUACCGUAUGGUAAAAGUAAACGUACGGUUCGUGAGAAACAAUUCGUGAGAAACAAUUCGUGGUAGAGCAGUAAAGAAGAUUGUACAAA